AUGCACUUUCCUUGGUAUGGUCAGGCCCCAAGACCUCCAAGAGACUAUGGGUACCUGAGGUCCCAUGUCAAUGCAAAGCUUGCAAAGAAAGUUGCUCUGAGGUCUUGCGAUGCGUUCUUAGGCAUCUCAGCUCUUUGCACGUACUUCAUUAUGGCUCGUCGAUAUCGACCCCAUGAUGAUUCCUCCAGUUGGACUUCUCUCUUAACAAACGACCCUCAAUGUCCUAUCUUAUCCGCAUGGGUGAUGGAACUCUCUCGCACAUUUGUUGAGGAGCCCCUUCAGUAA